CUUUGAUUGGUUCCAAAGAACGUGUUUUGCUCUGCUCCCCUUUCCCUAUCGGGCUUACGACCCGUUUCCGUUCGUUACCCCCGCCAUCUUCUGUAAAACGCCGCCACUUGCCUUCAGCCCCAGUCAUUCCGCAUUUAUCUUCACUAGUGCAGAAGAGUCUCUUUGUGCCACAAUGGCAGAUUCUGUGUUCUUAGACGAAGUGGUGGGUUUCCUGCACAAUAUCGACGACCCAACUGUCUCCGGCGCCGAUCUGCUGCUAUCACUCGAUAAGGAAGAGCCUCUGCUCUCCCUCCCAGACACGGACAUCGCGUUGCAAUUACUGGACGUGUCACCGAUCGAUGAUGGUCUCUUCACUUCCUUGGAAGAUGACCAUCACUCUGCAGCUACCGACAGUGACUGCACGUCUGUGGAAACAGAGAGCGUUGCCUCUGUCUCCUCGCCACGAACCACGGAGGUUACAGUAGACAACAACAUCCGCUCGAAGGACGCCAUUCGUCGCAGGUCGUACAGACAGAAGCGGAAAGUCGAGAAAGCUGAACUUUACAAGGAAGUGGAGCAGUUGUCGAAUCAGUUAUCAGAACUGCAGAGCAGGGAAGAAGCUAUCAAGGCCAGAAGAGGCUUGGGACUGGCUCAGACGGCAUUAUGGAAGGCUCUGGCCAAUCGACACUUGCAGGCCAGACUUAUGGCAGAAGAACAGCAACGCAGACUUCGUGAAGCGGUAGAAAGGAGAUCGGCCGUUAUUAAAGAUCUGGGUGUCGUUAUUAGAAAGAGGAUCAGCGAGGAACAGCACGACGUGGAUCGUGCAUAUUCGCCCAGUAAGAAACCCCGAAUCGAGUCGCCUGACAUGGCCCUGUAUGAGACCUUUAUCAACGAGCUGGAUGAAGUGUACGCCAGAACCGACAGCAUUUUUAAAGAGGCGGGAGUGCAGGAUUCGCCGAAUGACGACGAGCUUUACAACGAUGCGCGUGCAGUGUCCAAGAAGUCUAACUACCACGAACUGACAGGAAAGAUGACGACGCCCUUCCCUUUUGACCGUGUGCGAGCUUUUGUUGGUGAAGUAAAGUGCAUGGAGCAACGUGCUAACUAUGAGAGAAUUCAAUUACCUGGUGUUUCUGAUAACACGGCCGUCGUGAAGUUCCGGAUUCAAGCUCGUGUGGGGAAUGCAGUUGGAUCCCUCGUACAACACGCAAUUACGCGUCGGUACUACGAGGAAGAUCGUAUUGUGCUUAUUUGGCGGAAGUUCACAGAAGGCGAGGGAGUGUACGCUGGUAUGCACUCCGACGAGACGGGGUGGAAUAUUGUUCGACCGUCUUCGGACGGAGCGGCCACGGUCAUGGAAUCGAUCAUUCGUUAUGUGCCGAUGUCUUUCAACACCGUGGCAAGUCCUAGCGGCAAACUAAACGAGUUCACUGACACAAUCAUCUCAGCCGGUGAAGAAGAUUGUCAUGCGUGUUUGCAGAAGCUGGAAGCGCUCCUUCUGGACGAUGCCCUCGGUGUGUGUUGAUGCGUAGGGCCUGGAUAUGAAAGUAAUUUAUGCUCUUCCGAUCGAAAUUUAUCAACUUGACAACUUAAAAAAAAUGUGGUAAUUCGUGUCGUCCACA